ACGAUCUAGGCACAGAAGACGACGGCGGGAAGACGAGCAAAGUAGUUAGUGGUAACUUUUCUUUUUUUGCAUCACCACUUUUUUUGCGUCAUUAACUUCCGUUGUGGCUUUUUUUUUUUAAUCUGCACUUUUUCUUUUUUAUUUGCAGAGGGCUUCGGUUUCUUUUCUUUUUGCAUCAGUAACUUCCGUUGUGGUUUCGUUUAAUUUCUUUUCUUUCUUUUUUUAUUAUUUGCAGCAGUGGCGGUUCUCGGCCACCGUAGCAAGCUCCAAUUGUGGUGAAAGCCGAAUUACAAUUUAUGUCUGUCAAAACUACAGCGGCCUGAUUUUCUCAGAGCACCACAGUUAAGUAAGCAGAAACAUUGAGUGGAAAUCCCUGAACUCCCCUGAGGCGACGGAGUCGAACAGGAAAUGGACUGCCGUGGAGAACAUAACGCGAUGCCAUCAUCACGCACUUAAUGAAGAACAGCUUGAUGCACAGCAGCAGCGGCUCACACUCAUACACAGAGGCAGCGGAGAGAGUGAAGAGAGAAGGAGGAGAAGAGUAACACGGCGACUACUGCUUCGCUUGAAGGAAGACUUAUUGAGGACAUUUAAGAGGAGAAAACCAUCUGUUACUCUCACCGACUGUCAUAAAUCAGCAAAUCUCUCAAGGCUGCGAUAUUUGUCUCCGAAACGGUUUCAGCUUCGAGGAAGACUAAGAGACUCUCACGGGACAGGUAAGCUGGACCUUUGUUUCGAUUACCAAAAAGUGUUCCUUUGUUUUAGAGUUGGCAGAGAGAGAAGACAAACAAGGUUGUAAGCUCGUUCACGUUGUGUUCUCGUGUUUUGCUUCCUCAAAACCAUGUGGCCUGUCACGACUCUGGUGCUGCCUUCAAGCUCAUUUCUUUUCAGUAUUAAGUUGAAUUAACCAACAUAAUAAAGUGCAGGCAUAUUGAGUAAGCAUAAGAAUGAAAGCAACACACGAAGAAAUAGGAUGGGGUUGCUGUUGUUUGAGAAAGUUAUGUGUAUUUGAAACCUAAAAGACAGAAAAGGAAACAUGAGGGAAACAUAUGGGUUUCUUCUACUCUUGAAUAUUAAGUAUUUCCUUUUUCACACAUGCUUUAAAGCAGCACCGACACAUGAAAUGUCUUUAAAAUGACUAAAAUAACCAGUUAGAAGGGCUGGUAAUCUUGAAAAUGAUAACUCCAACAGCAUGUAAAAGCAUGAAUAAUUCAGUUCUUCCUGUUUAUUGUGGUCUGGCACCAAUCGAUGCCCUAAAGAUACUUUUUCCUCAUUUGAUACCUCCUUGUCUUUUGACGUGUUUGAACCAUUCCUAUCCUUUACUGCAGAAAAAAAAACACGCAUUUUAUGGGACACAUAUAUCAAAUUGUACAAAUACAUAUUGGCUAAAAUGUCUGUGCAUGUAUGAAUUUUAGUAAAAGUCUGUGUUUUAGUCUUUCCUUAAAACUUGCAAAAAUUACAAACACAUAAAGUCAACUUUUGUUGAUUUUCAGACGCACGAUAGGAGCCAUGGUGGCCGCAGUCCUUAAGUUAUACUUCAUUGGAACAGCCCUGAGUGUCCUUGCUGUUUUCUACGGGAUAGUGGACUCCUUUGGUGGCCUGAUGUACGUCCAGGACCGUCACUAUGUUCUGGGGCUGGAUCACCACACACAGAGGCAGAUGACCUCCGAUAACCAGCAGAGAGGAUCAUCUGUCACCAAAAACAUCGGCUCAUGAAGGAAAGGCAUAAACAUGGCUGCUGGAUGGACAUGUUGCAUAUUUUGGCUGUGGGACUUUUUUAGGACAGGAAUAAUAAUCGAACUAGACUGUCCAAGAUGUGCAUAUUGUAAAGGCGCAACAGCAGAUCUAUGUUUGUCCAGCUUUGUUUUAUUUGCUGUCAAACACUGAAGCGGCUAAAUUAGUUUGAGUAGCUACAGAUGUGAAAUGUAACAGCACUACUGACCAACUGUUUGCACUAAGUCAAGGAUAUUUUUCACUUUUCUGGUGUAUUUUUGAUUGCAUAUGUUUAUUUUUUCUAAUAAAAGGAACCGGCUGUUUGGAAUAAGCACA